AUGUGCGAGAGUACAGAGAGAGUGGACAAGGUGCCGGCCCCUGGGCUGACGGACGACGUCCUGAUGGAGAACUAUGUGAAGAGAGAUGUGCCUGUGAUAGUGACCGGCGCCUCGCCUCUCAAGGGGGACAUAACCCUGCAUCGACUCGCCCAGGUCGAUGUGGCCCAAAGCUUGGUAAUUUUCAUGCAGGUCAAAGGUGAAAGUCGCGUAAAGAUGGAGCCAUGGAGCCCGUGUGACCAGAUUUGCUCUCAUUUUGUGGAGGCCCUGGAGGAAGGCGAUGUCUUGAUCGCUACGGACUUCUUGUGGAAAGUUGACUACCUGCCCACCAACAAGUCAGAGAACAUUGCAAUAGCUUUUGGCGGCAGUUUUGAUUAAAAUAAAGAAGUUGUCGUUACA